AACGUCAUGGCUGGCUUAUCUGUUGCCUUUGCUCUCUCCACUUGUUCUGCUAAGCUAAGCUGACAAACGCUCCCCUCAUUGACUCUUCAAUCAAUCCAGGGAAUCCCGAGACCAAGGAACAAUACCAUUGGCAUAUCGGAAUCAUGAGUGAGACGUUGCUUCUGUCAAGGUGUUUUAAAAGUAAAGUCCCGUCACGAUAAAUCGUGUCAGAGCAAUUUAUUUCCCCCCUUGCUUCGUUAUCACAUACCACAUCUUUGAAAACUACACCUCAGAACGCGGGCCGCACCUACUUAGCCAUCGACGUCUAUAGGUGUCGAUAUCCUUUUGCCGGAAAUGGCCAAUCAAACAAACUCUUCCAUCCAUACGGAUGUUGGCGGGCAAUUGCGAAGCAGGCCAGUCGUCCCUGGGCAGAAUAACCCGCGAAACACUGGUGAAGAUGGCCCAAAAGACUCGGCGCAAUUGCACGUCCAUGAGCAGACGCCCCUCCUUCAACGGACGAGCGAAGAAGGUGAGGAUGAAGGCUUAGAUUCAUCUAGCCAGGAUUCGACGGCGUUGAACGCUGGCCUCUGGCGGUCUCGCACAAAAGCAAGUGUCUUUUGGUUAUUCCCAUUCCUUCUCUUGUAUAUGCUAGGCUUUGGCGGUGCUGCGGUUCCCAAGAUUAACCUGAUGGUCUCUCUCACCUGUAGAGACUAUCUGGCCAAAAGAGCCUCUAGCGAUCCUGGAUUCACGUACUUGCCUGUCCUUCUUGGACAGGACAACUCCCAGUGCCAAAUACCGGAAGUUCAGUCCCUCGUUGCCCGCUUUCAAUUGUAUUACAAUCUGGUAGUAGGUCUGCUGUCGGCACUGAUCAGCCCUCAAUUGGGCCAUUUAUCGGACCGCUAUGGAAGAACGUCUAUGAUUGCUGUGAGUGCAAUGGGAACGGUACUAGCAGAGAUAAUUACCGUCAUUGUGGCAGCAAAUGCAGAGCGAGUAUCGAUACAUCUACUACUUCUGGGCGCUACAUUUGACGGCUUAGGAGGCUCAUUCACUGCUAUGCUAGCUCUGAGCACUUCGUACGCCUCUGAUUGUACCAUUUCGGGGAAACGCAGUGUAGCUUUUGGGUACUUGCAUGGCGCCAUCUUCACUGGAGUUGCAGCUGGGCCGUUCCUUGUGGCCAUACUCAUGAAGAAGACACACGAUAUAAUGAGUGUGUUCUGUUCCGCGCUGGCUCUUCAUGUGCUUUUCUUCUUUGUGGUCUUGCUCGUCAUCCCGGAGUCGCUGUCUAAGGAGCAAAAACAGAGAGCUCAAGAAAAACAUCAGGUGAAGCUCGCCAAUCAAGAAGAUGUACGCUGGUUGUCAAUGAGAUUUUGGAACCCGAAGAAAAUCAUCGCGCCUCUAGCCGUCUUAUUUCCACCAGCUGGGCGACCUAGCACUCUAUUCCCUAAUCGCGGGGGCGCCAGUCCAGCAUUGCGAAGAAACAUCAUCCUGCUCUCUGUGAUCGAUACGCUUCACCUCGGCAUGGCCCUAGGCACGUCACAGAUUAUCAUUAUCUAUGCGGGAUAUAUGUUCGGCUGGGGAAAUGUUGAAUCAAGCUUAUUCGUGUCCAUCAUCAGUUCCGUUCGCGUCCUCAACUUCUUCAUUGUGCUCCCCAUGAUUACGCGGAUCUUCCGUGAGGAACCAAGGGAGGACCUGGUUAUUUCUGGUUCCGGUGUCGUUGAUGUCGUCCUUAUUCGCGUCUCGAUUCUGCUGGAUACGAUUGGGUUCGCAGGAUAUGCACUGGCAAAUCACGGCUCGCUUUUGAUCUUGUCGGGAGUCGUCACAUCAUUAGGGGGCAUGGCCGCGCCGGUGUUGCAGUCGUCUCUUACUAAACACGUGCCCCGCGAUCGCAUAGGACAGAUACUCGGUGCUAAAGGCCUUCUACAUGCUAUUGCUCGAGUAAUAGCGCCUUCCAUCUGCAGCUUCAUAUACAGUGUGACGGUGGGUAAAUUCUCACAGGCAGUAUUUGUAUGCCUGUCACUUGUCUUUGGGAUUGCAUUUUGUUGCACCUUGUAUAUCAAAGCGCAUGUCCGACUUGAUUUCGACGAUCCAAGAAAUCAUAACAUCGGUCCCAAUGACUACAGAGAAGCGGUUGAGGAUGAACUCUUACCUUAAUAUAUAGAAGAUUCUUAAUACCCUGGUAUCUACUUGUGAUGUAUCCUAAGGAUUAGCUACUCCUAUUUACGCGAAACUCAUGUUAGAUCUAUAACAUAUAAUUUGGGAUAUAGUUUCAACACUGAAUUUGCAUCCCCAGCCUUGGUAGUCCAGGGUUGCAACGCGGAUGCAGGUCAUAUCAGCGGAUCUUGUUACGGGAACAGAACGUAGCUAAAAUAGCCACAUCUGGUCGAGGUAGAGAGUGUGUAGUUUACUACGUACCAGCAAUGGAUCCAUGCCUGGCGGUGAAGUCUCUCUCAGUGGCAUGAAAUUGCCUUUGUUUCUCGAACCCAUCCACAUGCCAAUGACUAAGCAGGAACAAUGCAUGGUCACGUGCACAGGAAAUGGGUUCACCCG